AUGAACGUGUUCGGUAGUUCUCAGGCUAGUGAAACUAAAAGAAUUAUAACAGAUAUUCAAUCAAGUAACAAAACAAUUAUAAAUGAUGUGAAACUUCAACAAAAAGAAAUUGAUACUCUGAAAAGUAAUAUUGUUAAUCUACUUGAUAAGAUACAAUUGCUUGAAAAUAAUGUACAAACAAGUAAUAAGACUUUAUUACAUUUUGAAAAUCGUAUGUCGCAGCUAUUUAAUGACUGUGCUGACAAUAGUACAGCGAUCGCUAUCCAUGGACUUGACGUGCUCCAAUUAAAAGCUGAAAUAAAUCGUAUAACCGGAAUAUUUGAUGAAAAUUCAUUGCCGAAUCACGGAACAUAUAUUUCAGAAUUAAAUUCACGUUUGAUAAUCCUGGAAGGCAAAAAUAUUACGAAAACUUGA